CCCUGGGCGUGCCGUAUAUAUUGAGCUGGGCAUGCCAUCACAAACACACUGGCACAGACAGGUACUGUUUCAUUAAAACCCCUCCAGUUCAUUAUGGCCACAGACCACCAGAACCCUGCAUCUAAGCAGCAGCAGCCAGGGACCAGUGCUUUCAAGUUGAUCAUCUAUGAGCAGGAGAACUUCCAGGGACGAUGCCAUGAGCUGACUGGUCCUUGUAACAACCUCCUGGAAGCAGGCGUGGAGAAAGUGGGCUCCAUUCUGGUGCUGUGUGGACCAUGGGUGGGAUACGAGCUGGCUAUGUGUAAGGGGGAGCAGUAUGUGUUUGAGAAGGGGGAGUAUCCUCGCUGGGAUUCCUGGACCAACAGCAGACGCAGCGAAACCAUCUUGGCAUUCCGCCCCAUUAAAGUGGACAGCCAGGAGCACAAGAUUGUCCUUUAUGAAAACCCCAGCUUCGCUGGGAAGAAGAUCGAGAUCAUAGAUGACGAUGUCCCCAGCUUCCACGCGCACGGUUACCAGGAGAAGGUCUCCUCUGUCAGAGUUCAGAGUGGCACUUGGGUGGGGUACCAAUAUCCUGGCUACAGAGGUUUCCAGUACCUGUUUGAGAAAGGAGAGUACAAGGACAGCUCUGAGUUUGGGGCACAGAUCCCUCAGAUCCAGUCUGUUCGGCGCAUCCGGGACAUGCAGUGGCACCAGAGGGGAGCUUUCCACCCUUCCCCCUAAGCUUGUGACUCUUUCCUGCACCAACACCUUGCUGCCUGUGACCCCGAUCCUCCCAGCUCUUUCCCCCAGUCCCUCAACCCACUCAAAUUUGCAUCGAAAUGCCUCUUGCAAUUGUUUUAGUUGCACCAUUCUUCUAAAGAAAAUUAAUAAAUCAUUGUUGCCUUAGCCUA